AUGAGGCAAGAGACCGUGAACGAGCGGAGGCUGCAAAGACAAAAAGCAAUGUCGCGACCGGUAUGCUUCCACUCAGUUGCCGAUCCUUUGUCAGGAGCCCUCCGUGCUGACGAUAGCUUUCUAGAUCUCUCCAAUCUCGACUGGCACAUGAUUUCUCCGGAGGAAAUACAGAAACGAUGGCGAGUGGACAUCUCUCAAGGCCUAUCGCACGAUCAGGUCCAGCAACGGGUCCGUGAGUUUGGGAAGAACGCUCUGUCUCCGCUGCCACACCAAUGGUUCUGGCAGAUCUUUGGCUAUUUCUUCAAAGGCUUCGGGGGCAUCCUACUGAUUGGCUGCAUACUCGUGUUUAUCUCUUGGAAGCCCUUGGGACAGCCUCCCGCUCCGGCAAAUCUUGCCUUGGCUAUAGUCCUGCUGGCAGUGUUCUUCAUUCAGGCGGGUUUUAACGCGUGGCAAGACUGGUCGUCCUCUAGGGUCAUGGCUUCAAUCACAGCAAUGUUACCUGAGAGCUGUCUUGUUCUCCGGGACAGCUCUCUGGUGGUAGUCUCUGCUCCGGAUAUUGUCCCUGGAGACGUAGUACAUCUCAAAGCGGGAAACAAGCUACCUGCAGACGUGCGCUUGGUUGAGGUCUCCAAUGACGUUUGCUUUGACCGUUCUAUUUUGACUGGCGAGUCGCUGCCGGUCAACGGGACUAUCGAUUCCACGGAUGACAACUACCUUGAAACUCACUGCAUUGGACUUCAGGGAACACAUUGCGUCGCUGGAAGUGCAGUCGGUGUGGUUGUCUCUACUGGAGACUCGACUGUCUUUGGUCGAAUUGCUAAAUUGACAAGCGAACCCAAGAAAGGACUGUCUACUCUCGAAAAGGAAGUCUUGCGAUUUGUAUUGUUGAUCGUUAUUAUCAUGCUCACGAUGAUUAUCAUUGUCAUUGUGGUUUGGGCUACAUGGCUCCGAGUCGACCAUCCAGGGUGGAUUAACGUGCCAACACUCAUCGUCGACUGUGUCAGUGUUGCAAUUGCCUUUAUUCCAGAAGGCUUGCCAAUUGCCCUGACUGCAAACCUGACCAUUACCGCCAAUCUCAUGAGCAAGAACAAAAUUCUGUGCAAGUCUCUGAAGACGGUUGAGACAUUAGGUGCAGUUUCGGUGAUCUGUUCCGACAAGACUGGAACUUUGACAAAGAACAAAAUGUUUGUUACCGAUUGCGCUCUCUCAAUGUCUCAUUUUAGCACAGAGCUAGCGAGAGACGAAAUGGUAAUCAAGGGAAGGAAAACCGGAAUGCAUCAGCUUCGUGGUGUUGCUGGCCUCUGCAAUGGAGCAGAGUUCGAUGCCUCAUCCCUGAACAAGCCCCUUCAUGAGAGAGAAAUCCACGGCGAUGCAACUGACCAGGCUGUCUUGAGGUUCUCUGAAGGCCUUGGGUCAGUUGCAGAGCUGCGGCGUACCUGGCGGAAGACAUACGAACUGGCAUUCAACAGCAAGAAUAAGUUUAUGGUCAGGACUUUCAGUCUGGUCGAAUCCGCAGGAUUGAGUCUUGGAAUGUCCGCAGCGGAAUCAGCCCAUCUUCUUACUAUAAAGGGCGCACCCGACAUUCUGAUUGAGCGAUGCACACAGGUUGUAGAUACAGAUGGAAGCGUACAACCUCUGGAUGGACGGAUACUUGCUCAUAUUAAAUCUGUCAAGGAUCAGUGGUCUAGUGAAGGCAAACGUGUGAUCCUGCUUGCCCGGAAAGUUCUUCCAGUUUCAGAUAUUACGCCCCUUCCUUCGUCCAGGGAAUUCGAAUCGCACGUCAUGUCUCACGCGAAAACGGGCUUGAUUCUUGUUGGCCUGGUGGGCAUAGUCGAUCCCCCGAGAGAAGAGAUUCCUGGUGUGGUCAGAACACUGAGGCGCGCGGGAGUCCGCAUCUUCAUGGUGACUGGUGAUUAUGGGCUCACUGCUCUGGCCAUCGCCCGACAAUGCGGUAUAGUUAGCACUCACGGACCAGUCGACACUGCCUCGUCCCUGAAGCGGCUCCUUGAGUACGAUGAAAAGCCACCUAGUACUCCAUCUACCAUGGCAAUUACACUGAGCGGGUCUGAACUCAUGAGCUUGAACGACCACCAAUGGGAACAGCUAUGUCAGUACCAAGAGAUUGUCUUCUGGCGUACCACUCCGGAACAGAAGUUGCGUAUUGUCCGUGAAUUCCGCGCUCGCGAUGAGAUUGUCGGCAUGACCGGCGAUGGAGUCAAUGAUGCACCAUCCCUCAAGGCUGCAGACAUUGGAAUUGCUCUGGGAAGCGGCUCCGACAUUGCCAUCGAGGCGUCAGACAUGGUAUUGAUGGAAUCAUUCUCAGCUAUCGUCGAAGCGGUGCAAUAUGGCCGUGUAGUUUUCGACAACCUGAAGAAAACCAUUGUCUAUCUUCUACCAGCCGGUUCCUUCUCUGAGUUCUGGCCCGUGUUCACCAGCGUUGUGUUCGGUCUUCCUCAGGUCCUGUCUUCUUUCCUGAUGAUUAUCAUCUGUUGCUUCACCGACUGCGCCGCAGCAACCGUCCUCGCCUACGAGGCCCCAGAAGCCGACGUGCUCCUCCGUCCACCCCGAAAGCCCAAACAAAAUCGCCUCGUGAACUGGAAACUGAUCUUCCACGCCUACGGCAUCCUCGGCAUGAUAGAAACAAUCGCCUCAUUCGCAAUGGCCUACUGGUACCUCGAGCGCAACGGGAUCCCCUUCUCAGCCCUAUGGUUCAAGUUCGGCGCAACCCCAAGCAACAUUGACAGCGACUGGCUCAAUGCCCGACUCAACGAAGCAAGCUCCGUUUACUUUAUCAACCUCGUAGUCAUGCAAUGGUUCAACCUCAUGGCUGUCCGAACCAGACGUCUCUCCAUUUUCUCGCACCCACCGGCCUUCAAUAAACAGACUCAGAACCUGCUUCUCUUCCCCGCGAUCCUGUUUGCAUUGGCGAUGGCCGUUUUCUGGCUAUAUAUCCCGCCGUUGCAGAGGGUGCUAGAUACGAGCAGCGUUCCGGUGGAGCAUUAUUUCUUGCCGGCUGCCUUUGGGCUGGGGAUUCUUAUACUGGAUGAGUUGCGCAAGGCGGGAGUGAGGAGGUGGCCUGGUGGGGUGUUGGAUAGGUUUGCUUGGUAG